ACAAUGUCAUUGGAUGGAAAUGAGUGGGAGCUGAGCAAGGAGAAUGUGCAGCCUCUGAGGCAGGGGCGAGUGAUGGCUACAUUGCAGGAAGCCUUGGCUCAGCAGGAUGUUUCCAUCCACACAGCCAUCCAGCAGCAAAAGCGGGAAUUUGAAUCUGAAAUUCGUUUUUACUGUGGAGAUGAUCCACUGGAUGUCUGGGACAGGUAUAUUAAAUGGACAGAGCAGACUUUUCCUCAAGGUGGUAAAGAGAGCAAUCUCUCUGCAGUGUUGGAGAGAGCUGUUAAAGCAUUGAAUGAGCAGCAGAGAUAUUACCAAGAUCCCCGGUACCUUAACCUCUGGCUUAAAUUUGGCAACUGUUGUAGUGAACCUCUGGACCUAUACAGCUAUCUGCACAGCCAGGCAAUAGGCACAUCACUUGCACAGCUCUACAUCACCUGGGCAGAGGAACUUGAGGCAAGAGGAAACUACAAGAAAGCUGACUUGAUAUUCCAGGAUGGGCUCAUGUGCAAAGCUGAGCCUUUGGACAAACUACUGUCCCAUCACAGGGAGUUCCAGGCCCGUGUGUCUCGGCAGGCCUUGGAAGGUCUUGACGAUGAUUGUGAUGUGGAAGAUCAGUUUAGCGGUCUUGCUUCUGAACCCCAAAGAACCACGUUGGCAGAACUGAAAGGGAAAGGAAAGAAAAUGGUGAAGGCACCAAUCAGUCGUGUAGGAAAUGCUGUGAAGUUCCCGAGCCAAGGGCAGAGACUCCAGAAUACAUCAUCUCAGCAAACAUCAAAUCACCUUAACUUUGCUGUAUUCGAUGAAAACAAAGUUGUGGCUUCUAGACCUGAUCUUCCAUCACUUGUACCACAGCCGUGGGUUGCACCUCCAACAGUGAAGGCUAAGGAAAAUGAAUUAAAGGCAGGACCUUGGACCAUGGGCAGGCGUCCUCGGACCAGUGCGGACUCUGAUUCUGUGGUUCCUGCUGUGACCCCCAGUUUUACCCCAUAUGUUGAAGAGUCUGCACAGCAACAGGCCAUGACUCCUUGUAAAAUAGAGUCUAGCAUAAACUGUGUGUUAAGUGCUCGAAAGCCUGGGAAAGAGGAGGAUCCGCUCCAUCGUGUGCAAAGCCAUCAGCAAGAUGAUCAGGAAAAGAAAGAACAGCCGAUGUAUUGCAAAGACAAAGUGUAUGCUGGAGUGGAGGAGUUUUCCUUGGAGGAAAUCAGAGCUGAAAUCUACAGAAAGAAAGCAAAAAAGAGAAGGGAAGAAGAACUACAGACCAUAGCACAGAAGAAAGCUGAAUUACAAAGAAAGAUUGAGGAGAUGGAAAAGGUGGUGAGGGGGCAGCAAGGAAAUGAUGAGCAAAGAUCAUAUGCCCAGCAAGCAGUAGAGCAGAAGCCUGCAGCUAUGACUUCUGACGUGGACGAGGAUCUGAAGCCUCCUGCAACCGAAAGACAACUCACUCUGAUGAAUACUGAAGUAUUGGUUGAAGGAUCUUUUUCAGACUGCUUUUCCUUGAAAAGCAAUUUUGAACUUCCUGAAAAUGUUCAAUGCAAGUCGUCAUGCUCUAUUGAUUCGGAGAUCCUCCCUGCAGUAAAUCCUAUGCCUUUCUCUAUUUUUGAUGAGUCAUCUGCUUUGGAAAAUGAAUGUGCCAGUCUUUCUACUGGCCCUUCAUUAGUACAUGCCAGACGUCCUCUUGCUCGCAAACCUUCAGAAAGUAUCACUGCCAAGGAAAACAUACCUCCUGAAAAUCCUGAUGCACUCCACGGAAUUGAACCCUUGAGUGAAGAUGCAGUUGUCACAGGCUCGUACAAAAAUAAAUCUCUCUGUCCUAGUCCUGAUGACACGUGUGACUUCGUUAGGGCUGCCCACCUGGUGUCAACCCCUUUCCAUGGGAUAGUGGAACAGAGAAAUAAGCUUGAUGGCAAACCAAAGGAAGUCUAUCCAGACUCUAAGUCUACAUCUCUGAGCCAGCAAACAGUUGUGAGUGAAAAUCAGUAUGCUGAGGCAAUCUUUGUGAAAAAACUGAGCCCAAUUAUGGAGGCAAGUCAGGAAGAUACCAGAUCUUCUGCAUCUUCAGGUUCCCCUACACAAAUCUCCACCAUUAAAUUCCAGCAAAUUCCAGUGAACCUGGAGUUGGUUCAUAGUUCUACUGAUGAAAUCACCAGUGAUGUUGACAGUGCUUCUAGUGACUCUCCUAAGAUGUUGAGGAAUGCUGAGCAACGCAGACAGCUCUUGCAACCUCUUCCAGGCUUGUUGACAAAUUCUGCUGCCUUUAAAUUGGAGACUCAGCCAAUGCCUUGGAUGGAAUUGGAAAAAGAAGUCCAUCUUGGGGAUGACGUUUACAGUAUUACUCGUGAAUAUUUGAUCAGUGAGGAUGACAAGAUGUUUUCUGCAGUGCCAGCCAACUUUGCACAUGAGGUCUCAACAGCCUUUUUAAUAAAGGUCCACUCUGAAUCAGUGCCGUGGGACUUUUACAUCUUGCUGCAGCUGCAAGAGCGUCUAGGUGCUGCGUUUGAUCAGAACUUUAGUGAAAACUGCACUUGUUUCUUAUACCACAAUGGUUGUGUGACUCUACAUAAGAAGAUAAACUGCAUUACUCUCCAGGAUAUGAUCCAACGUUGUAAAGUUAUCCCGCAAGAAGUGAUCAUGCUGAUUGCUGACAGUCUCCUAGAAAUGGUGGAGAAACUGCAUAAAGCGGAGAUAGUCCAUGGGAAUCUGCAUCCAGGGACAUUGUUCUUGGGAGACAGAAUUUGCAACCCAUUUGCCAUGGCUGAGACUACAAGUGCUCUGAAGAUAGUGGAUUUUUCUCACAGCCUAGACCUGCAGCUACAGCCGACAAUGAAUUCACUGAAAAGCUUUCCAGUAGCUCAGACCCAGUAUGGGCAACAGAUCCUUGAUGAAAAAUCUCUUCCUUACCAGGUGGACUUGCUUGGCAUUGCAGACACAGUCCAUCUGAUGUUGUUUGGAGAACAUAUGCAAGUUCAUCAGGAAAAAGGCUGCUGGAAAACUAAUGGAGACUUAUCCCAGUAUGCUGACGGUGAUUUGUGGAGUAAUUUUUUUGAGAGAAUUCUGAAUGCAGAUGGUAAACCUACUGUGCUUUUGCUGAGAGAGCUGAGAGAGGAAUUGAAGAGUGCAUUUGACAGUUCUUUCCCUGAACGCCUCGGCGAUUCCUUGACAAAGCUGGAAGACAUUCUUCAUGUUGAAAAUAUCUUCUGAACCAGAGAAAGUAUCCUAAAAUCUCUGUUUCACUGUCCACUCUCAACCACCCUGAGGCAAAUGAAAAAGUUCAUUCUUGCUUCUCUUUCACUGCUAGAGUAUAAACAGUUGAAACUGUUUCCGCAUUUAUUUCUUCAUGACCUGUUAAAAAAAAUGCUAAAUGCCUUAAUUAUAUGUACAGUGGCAGAUAUCUCUGUAGCAUUACAACUUGUGUAUAGCCGUUCAAAUGUCUUCAGUAUCCAUCACUUUGUG